GUUCAGUGCAUAAUACUCCUUACUACAGUUCUGUCCAUGGGCAAGUUCAUGAAACCCGGGAAAGUGCUGCUGGUGCUGGCCAGGUGCUACUUCAGCCGCAAAGCCGCCAUGGUGAAGAGCAUCGAUGAUGGCACCUCAAACUGCCCCUGUAGCCACGCUCUAUUGGCUAGAAUUGACCGCUAUCCCCACAAAGUGACAGCUGCUUUGGGCAAGAAGAAAAUCACCAAGAGGUCAAAGAUCAAGUCUUUUACAAAGGUUUAUAACUAUAGUUACCUGAUGCCCACAGUGUACUUUGUGGAUAUUCCCUUGGACAAAACUGUGGUCAACAAGGAUGUCUUCAGAGACCCUGCUCUUAAACACAAGACCUGGCAGAGGACAAAGGUCAAGUUUGAAGAGAGGUACAAGAUAGGCAAGAACAGGUUGUUCUUCCAGAAGCUGUGGUUUUAG